AUGGUCCAGUCUUGGUUCGCCCUCGCUGCCCUGGCGGGCUCUGCAGCCGCAUGGCCAAUGGUCAUGGAGCAGGACAUGCUUCUCAAGCGUGCUGCCUCCGGGCGUCUGAAUACUGGUGCUGGUCACCCCAAUCCCACAUUCGAUGCACAGUCACAAUACGUGGACGUUUCAGAUAAUGGACCGAAUCCGUUCAUGCCUCCCACAUCUGGACAGCUUCGUGGACAAUGCCCAGGACUCAACGCCGCAGCCAAUCACGGAUUUCUGCCUCGAAAUGGAAGAGCCACCAUUGAACAGACUGUCACUGGUCUGGGCAACGCCUAUGGCAUGAGCGCGGAUCUGUCCAUUGUCCUUGCUGCGAUCGCAAUCCUCAUUUCUGGGGACAUACCGACGGGAGAAUGGUCUAUUGGUGGUGGCUUCCCCAGCAGCCUACCGCUGGUCCUCAGCAAUCCCAAAGGCAUCUUGGGUACGCAUAACAAGUACGAAGGAGAUGCUUCCAUCGUCCGUGGAGAUGCAUAUCUGAACAACGGGAACGUGGGCGUCUUCCAAUGGCAGUCUUGGAACGAUUUGUACGAGAUUACCGGCACAGACGGUCUCACUUUGGACAAGGUCACGGCGCACUCCGACCGCGUGACCGAGUUCUCGGUACAAAACAACCCCUACUACUUCUCCGGCCCCUUCUCCGGCUUGGUUGCACCGGCAGCGCACAACUUUGUCGUCAACUUCAUGUCGAAUCACAGCGCAGAAUAUCCCGGAGGUUACCUUAGCCGGGAAGUCCUGAUGUCAUUCUUCGCGGUGAGUGGUGAUGCAACCGGAGCAUAUGGCACCAAUCCCGGAAACUUUGUACACAAUCGCGGACAAGAACGAAUUCCCUACAACUGGUACAGACGCAACACCGUCGAUGCCUACACGGCCGUGGAUGUCUUCCUGGAUCUCCUCGCCGGUGCAGCAUCAUACCCCAACACGCUUCGCAUUGGCGGGAAUACCGGCACUACCAACUCCUUCACGGGCGUGGACGUCGGCGACCUCUCUGGUGGAGUCUUCAACGCUGCGACUCUGUUCCAGGGAAACAACUUGGCUUGCUUCGCAAUUCAGGCUGCUCAAGCAGGCGGUAUCGAUGAGCUCGAUGGUGUGCUCAGCACGGUACAAAACUUGGUGAAGCCCCUCACCGAUCAGCUCAGCGGAGCACUGAGCAGCCUGGGUUGUCCCCAACUCAGUGCGAAAGGCUUGAAUAGCCAGCUGUUCGCCGCAUAUCCCGGUGCACGAUCUGCCUAA